AGACAAGAUAAAUAUUAUAAAUAUUUUAACAUAUCCAAAAUGAUUGCUCCGUUAACCCCCUUUUCCAAGUGGGCAGUAAUUAGACUGUUAAUGGAAAAGAAGUGUACCUACUGUGCACAGCUAAUCACUGAGGGCAGUGCUGCAACAUACCACCCCUUUUACUGGCAUAUCCCCAAUAGCCUAGUGACCAAUCAGAGAUCGUACCAAAGAAGCCCUACCCCCAGAUUUAUAAACACAGGAAUUUGGAUUAUGACUCCAGACCCAGCAAGGGCUCCCCCCAUAGAUUGACAGGGAGUGUGUCACUGGCCUAGGAAGUCUGUUCAGAAGCUGCUGGGAAGGACAUGUGAGAGGAUCAACAAGCAGAUAUAAGGACUGCCCUUAUUCAAGCAAAUGAGAACUAUGCAUGUGAAACAAGUCCGUAAACAAUAAUCAAUUGUAAGACCUGACAAAGCAAACAAGGACAGUUACCAGAAAAACACAAAAAAGAAAAAAAAAGGCUGAAUUACAGAUUUCCUUCAACACCAACUAACCAGAUUGGUCAAUAAUCGAUUGGAAGUGACGUGGUAGAACUCACAAGCAUUAAAGAAAAAGUUGUCAUCGCACUCAUUGAGUUCACACCCCACUGGAUGUUGGUUUUCGAUUGACGAGAGACCCGUGGUUCAUUAGGUCUCUGACCAACUAUAAAAAUGGUGCUGCAGGUCAGCACAGAUCGUGAGGACGACACUCACAGCCGUUCCCCAAGAUGUACAUUGCUCAACUCUUGUUCUUAUCGACUGGUGAAUAAGGAUGGACAUAGCACUAUAAAAGCUGUUGGGAUCCAGGGGCAGGGCCUGUCUUACCUGCGUGAUAUAUGGGGAUUGUUGCUGGAUAUGCGCUGGCGUUGGAUGAUGUUGGCCUUUUCUGCUUCCUUCCUGGCCCAUUGGCUAUUGUUUGCAGUGUUUUGGUAUCUACUAGCGGAGAUGAAUGGGGAUCUGGCGCUAGACCAUGAUCAUCCACCAGAAAACCACACCAUCUGUGUCAAGUACAUCACCAGCUUCACUGCUGCUUUUUCAUUCUCUUUGGAGACACAGCUCACAAUCGGAUAUGGAACCAUGUUUCCAAGUGGGGACUGCCCAAGUGCUAUUGCUCUUCUUGCAGUCCAAAUGCUUCUGGGACUAAUGCUGGAGGCUUUUAUUACAGGUGUUUUUGUCGCCAAAAUAGCAAGACCAAAGAACCGCUCUCCUUCAAUCCUCUUUUCAAGACUAGCAGUUGUGGGCAGUCCUGAAGGAAAGCCAUGUUUAAUGUUCCAAGUUGCCAACACAAGACCUAGUCCCUUGACCAUGGUGAGAGUCAGUGGAAUUCUUUAUCAAGAGAGAGGCGAUGGACAAAUUCAACAAAUCAGUGUGGAUUUUUCACUGGACAAUCAAGCUUGCAACAUGGAGUGCCCUUUCUUCUCCUUCCCUCUUACUUACACCCACAGUCUAUCUCCUGGAAGCACUUUGGCAACCUUAUUGCAGCGCGAGACUUUAUCCCCUUCAGGUCAUUUGGAGCUUGUGGUCUGUUUAUCUGCUACUCAGGAAGGCUCAGGUGAAAUCUGCCAGAGCCGUACCUCAUAUCUACCAAGUGAAAUACUGCAAGGCCACCGCUUUGCACCAUGCCUUAUUCGCCGACCUGAAGGUGGAUACCAUAUCUGCAUGGAAACUUUUGGUCGUCCACUCCCUGAGUUACCACAAGCUACACACAGACAAUCCUACAAAACUGAGCUGGAAGUUUGUGCCAAUGGGCAGAGAGUUGACACCUUUCAAAUCUGCGAGACUGGACUGGGAGAGUAAAAUACUUAAACUCUGUUACUUUCCUUAGCCCUUUCAGCCAUCCUCAUUCCGAUAACAAUGCUGACACUUUUCUAAAGGAAAAUCCCACAGGAAGAGAGGGUGGUACUAUCGAGGCUCUAAAGACUGUUCUGUGAUACCUUACCGAAGUAUAUCAAGCACUAGAACCCCUUUGAUACUGCAGGGGUUUGUGGGACAUUGCCGGCAUAGCAAUGUACAACUACAAUAAUGAAUUGCUCAGGGGAGUGCAAGCACUCCAAAAAGACAGAAUAGGCUUAAGACAAUUAUGUGCAGACAGUGGACCAGCACAUUUAUAUAUGUACACCAAGCAAACAUUCACAGCCGUUAAAAUGCAGAUGAUACAAUGGAGACAUCUGGGAAGCCAAUUUUGAUUGAUUCACAUGAGAAGGGUCGUUUUAAGCUGUCCCUCAAAAUGUGGAGUGCACUGUAUUUAGCUAGACAAGAAAACUGAUACACUUACAAUGCUAACAUGAAAGAGAACAAAAUAGACGAAUGCAGGUACAUUUAUAUAGCAAAUAUACAUGCAUGCUUCCUUGACAUUCAUGUAAGCUUUAUAUAGACCUUUAUAUAUGAUAGAGACAGGAAUACAGCAAACACACAGAUGAGGAAUAUGCUAAACCACAUGCACACAAGCUUGACCUUUGCAAUGAAUCAUACUCUGCUCCUAGUGGAAUCGCUGUACUAACCCUUCACACCACCUCAAUGGCAGAGUACCAGGAGAAAGAACAGUUAGAAACAGGGAGAAAUGCUUGUGCCAGAGUAGAAGAAGCAAAGGGACUGCACAGAGGCUGGUCCUGCAAUUCCCACUCAAUAUAUUUGUGACAAUAAACCAGAAUAAACUGUGUGCUUCCAGCUAAUUCCCUGCUGCUGAUCAAUGUGUCUAUGCAGAUAGCUUCAUACAGAGUGAUGCCAAUGAGAGGGCAACAUGACAAGAAAUGUUUAUCUAUGACACAGCUAUUGUACUCAGCCAGUGAACACUUGCCUUGUGGUGUGUGUGAAGAAUAUAUAAUCCUUCAAGGCUGCAAAAAAAAGCAUCAGCAUUUAAUUGCUAUUUUUCCAGUCAGUUUAUGUCUCAAAAGGCAAGUGACCAAACACUGGCUAAGAAUACUGAACUUAAGGUAAUUUUAUGCUCCGUCAGGCAUACUACUUAGAUUUAAGCAAGCACCAAUGAACAUACCAAAAACAUAACUCUUACGGCAACACAUGAAUGUUACAAAAACACCAUCAGGGGUAUUUGGUUUUGUUUUUUUAUAUACAAGGGGUAUUAUACAGAUGUUUUUCAUAAUGCUCAACAGAUUUAGAAAAAACAAUCACACAUGCAGUCAUACAAACUAGGAAACAUCUAAUUUCAUGAAGCAGGCAAUACUGGAGUUUAUCUGUUUCAACUUUAUGUCCCCCUCCCAAUCUAUCGUGAUCUCCUUGUAUUAAAAAUUGAAGGAGAACUAUUAUUGCAAUAUUUUUUACUACAAUCUGUGCACACAGCAAUCCUCUUGACUUUUAGAGAAAAAGAGAGACUUAUUUUACAGUGUCUUGUGUUAAUGCAUUAUAUAUAUGAAAUUUAUUUUUUGCUUUUAAUCUGGCAACAUUACCUGCUCAGCAUUUCAGAGUGGGACAGGUUUGAAAUGAGAAAAGUUUAGCUACCAUGAUACAAUGGGAAGCUUCACUUUUUUUUAUCUUGAAUAACCAGGAAGUGCAAGGAAUUUGUAGGACAGUUUUUCAGAGUGUCGACUACAUAUUAAUUGCACUCCUACUGCAAGAAAACAUAACUCAAGCAGAGUAACCCUUUAAAAAUCAAACGAUUUAGCUCAGUAAGCACUCCAUGGACUGUGUAAUGUGCAUACAUCCAACCCCAAAAUGCUAGCACACAAAAAAAGGGGAGAAGAAAAUUACCUGCUUCUUUUCGUGUUGGUUUUUCAAAUCGCCGAUCUCCUCUGUUGGAGUAGAAAGAGAUACAUUUUAGACACAUGCCACAAAUUUUGACAAAUCUCCUGCUGCUGGUAUCAAAUGUAACUCUUAAGGCAUGUAAUGGCAAUUUUAAAGCUCAAGUUAAUCUUUAAAAAAAUAUAGAUAUUCUCUGUAGCUUUAGCAACUUGGCCUACCUGUAAUGUCGUCACAAAUUGAGCAGGCAGCUGGAUCCUGUAGUAAAAUGUCUGUGCAAGAAUGCCCAGUCUUCUUCCUGCCACUACAUUUUUGCUGCCAACAUUAACAGCAUCUUCUGUAAAUACAGGCUUGGCACUAUUAACCACUGCAAAGCCAGAAUUUCAGCAAGAGGAAGAGGACUGGGCACCGCCACCCAGUACAUAGCAUUUCUACAAAAUCCAGCUCCCUUUAUUCACAUUGUGGGACAUACUUGAUUACAGGUAAAUUUUUUGCCUAAACUUUAGAC